GCAAGAAAAUCCAUAGCAAAACAGACCCAAAGAGAUAACUUAUUUAUUUCAACUUGUUUUGAAAUCAGUAAAUAAAAUUAUGUCAUUGCACUCGAGUGCUCGGUGGCUCGUUGGAGCGGUGUGCAAGAUAAAUAAAAUAAUCAGUUUCUAGUUCAUAGCACAGCGACUAAGCAGCCCACGAUGGACGGCGUCGACUUCCUGCUGGGCGGAAUCGCCGCCACAGGUGCAACCUUGUUCACGAAUCCCUUGGAAGUCAUCAAAACCCGCAUGCAACUGCAGGGCGAAAUGGCCGCCAAGGGAACGUACCAAAAGCCGUACAAAAACGUGCUCGAGGGUUUGGUUACGAUUCUGCGGAACGACGGCUACUGGGCAUUACAGAAGGGGUUGGCCCCGUCGCUGUGCUUUCAAUUUGGAAUUAAUUCCAUUAGAUUGGGAACGUACACGACGGCGUUGGAGCAUGGCCUGACGCGAAGCGCGGACGGAACGCAAUCCAUCUGGAAGAGUGUGUUUUGGGGCGGAACCGGUGGGUUCGUGGGAUCCGCCCUGUCGAGCCCGUUCUUUAUGCUGCGCACCCACUUGCAAUCUCAAGCCGUGGCGGAAAUCGCCGUCGGUUAUCAGCACAAGCACACGGGAAUGUGGAGUGCGCUGCGGGGGAUCUACCAGCAGCACGGGAUUCAGGGAUUGUACCGGGGGGUUUCCGUGACGAUGCCGAGGGCGUUUUUGGGGAGUGGAGGUCAGUUGGCGGGUUUUGGGUACACGAAAGAUCUGCUGCAGCGGCAUCCGCUGUAUAAAGGUCAGUCGGAGCGGUUGGUUUCGGUUCUUUCGGGGGUGGUUGCUGGUACGGUGAUGGCCGUUACGAUGACGCCGCCGGAUGUGGUAGCUACGAGGUUGUACAAUCAGGGCGUGGACGGGAAGGGCAAGGGAAUCUACUACAGUGGGGUGGUGGAUUGUUGUGUGAAGAUUUUGAAGACGGAAGGGGUGGCCGGACUGUACAAGGGUUUCUGGCCGCACUACAUACGAAUUGGACCGCAUUCGAUGCUCACGUUGUUCUUUUUUGACGAGCUCAAAAGUGUUAGGAAUAAGUUGAAGCAGAAGGAAGCGAUACGGUGAUUGGGAAGUGCCUGUUUUGAAUGUUUCGUAAAACAAAUCAUAAAUAAACGCUGUUAAAACAGA